GUGAGGCUGAGAAGACAAAUUGCCCUCAUCAUUAUCUCCGGGCUUGUCAAUCAAACAUAUUCCCUUAUUUACCUCGGCGAGGAGAGAGCCCCGGGAGCACACGGAGAGGGAGGGAGCGAGAGGAGAGCUGCUUGCCCCAAACUCCUCACCGGGGAGGGAGCAUUUCUAGCCCCUCGGGAUGGCCACCAUCACCUGCAAUCGCUUCACCGAGGAGUACCAGCUCUUUGAGGAACUGGGCAAGGGCGCUUUCUCCAUCGUCCGAAGAUGUGUGAAGGUGUUGGCAGGACAAGAGUACGCGGCCAAGAUCAUCAACACCAAGAAGCUGUCUGCUCGAGAUCACCAGAAACUGGAACGAGAAGCCCGGAUCUGCCGCCUCCUGAAGCACCCCAACAUCGUGAGGCUCCAUGACAGCAUCUCUGAAGAAGGCCAUCACUACCUGAUAUUUGACCUGGUCACUGGCGGGGAGCUGUUUGAGGACAUUGUGGCCAGGGAGUACUACAGCGAAGCGGAUGCAAGCCACUGCAUCCAGCAGAUCCUGGAGGCCGUCCUGCACUGCCACCAGAUGGGGGUUGUCCACCGGGACCUGAAGCCUGAGAACCUGCUGCUGGCAUCCAAGCUGAAGGGUGCUGCCGUCAAGCUGGCUGACUUCGGCCUUGCCAUCGAGGUGGAGGGGGACCAGCAAGCGUGGUUUGGUUUCGCUGGCACCCCAGGAUACCUCUCCCCUGAGGUGCUCCGGAAGGACCCCUACGGCAAAGCCGUGGACCUGUGGGCUUGCGGCGUCAUCCUCUACAUCCUGCUGGUCGGGUACCCGCCCUUUUGGGAUGAAGACCAGCACCGACUCUACCAGCAGAUCAAGGCUGGGGCUUAUGAUUUCCCCUCCCCUGAGUGGGACACGGUCACUCCUGAAGCGAAAGAUCUCAUCAACAAGAUGUUGACCAUAAACCCAUCCAAGCGCAUCACGGCAGCAGAGGCUCUGAAGCACCCCUGGAUAUCGCACCGUGCCACCGUGGCGUCAUGCAUGCACAGGCAGGAGACAGUGGACUGUCUGAAGAAGUUCAAUGCCCGGAGGAAGCUGAAGGGAGCCAUCCUCACCACCAUGCUGGCCACCAGGAACUUCUCCGGAGGCAAAAGCGGUGGCAACAAGAAGAAUGACGGCGUGAAGGAAUCGUCGGAGAGCACCAACACCACCAUCGAGGAUGAAGACACCAAAGUACGGAAGCAAGAAAUCAUUAAAGUCACAGAGCAGUUGAUUGAAGCAAUAAGCAAUGGCGACUUUGAGUCCUACACGAAGAUGUGCGACCCUGGGAUGACUGCCUUCGAGCCUGAGGCUCUCGGCAACCUCGUGGAAGGCCUGGAUUUCCACCGAUUCUACUUUGAAAACCUGUGGUCCCGGAACAGCAAGCCCGUGCACACAACAAUCCUGAACCCCCACAUCCACCUGAUGGGAGACGAGUCUGCCUGCAUCGCCUACAUCCGCAUCACGCAGUAUGUGGACGCGGGAGGGAUCCCCCGCACCGCCCAGUCUGAGGAGACCCGCAUCUGGCACCGCCGGGAUGGCAAAUGGCAAAUCGUCCACUUCCACAGAUCCGGCGCGCCCUCCGUCCUACCGCACUGAAGCGUGGUCCUGCCCGUGUCGGGUUUGUCACUGACUGACUACCAAGGGGAGACCCCCUCCGACAUCUUCACCUACGGGACUUUGGCUGUUGGCUCUGCUGCUUGGUUCCCGCUGGAAUAACCCCUCGCUUCUCACCGCACACACGCAACGGCCCUGCCGGUGCCACGCAAGCAUCCCACCAAACCCCCCAGCCCUGCCGGGGCCAUGACGCUGGGCCCCCUUCCUCUGCAUGAACCAAGAAAAGAGAAACCAUGAACCUAAACCUGAGUAUCUGGCCAGUGAGAUGACGCAUGCCAGGGUGAAGGCCCCCCUCUUCGGCUGCAUGGCGUUGGUGGGACCCCCCACUACCUGGCAUGUCUCCUGAAUUGGGCUCGGACUCAUCAUCCGCCUCCAUCCCCACCUCUGCUGGGAGCCCCUGAGGAAGAGAAGGGCAGGGGGGCAGUUUUGAGCCGCUCUGCGCUGCACCCUCCCUGUGCGCUGGUGGAUUUUGCUUUGCUGCUAUUGAGGUCCCCAUCUGCUGCCAUGGCUCCUGCCUGCUCCCAACCUGAGCUCCCGCUUCCCAGCAGCCUCGGCGGGGCAACCGCCAUUUAAACCAUUUGCAAAGUCCAUUUUCCACACGUCCCUGGGCAAGGAGGGCAGUGUUUGGAUGGGUGAGUAAAGGCUAUCUGUUUAUUUUCCUUUCCCAGGAGUAUAGGCUAGUUCCUUCCCAGGAGAGCAAGUAGAUUUGCGCCCUGGCUCCGGGCAGCUGCCGUGCCGAGAGGGAUGCUCUCCCUCCUUCCUCCCUUCUCCCCUCGGAGCAGGGACCGGUGAAGCUGGGAGAGGAGAGGAGGAGAAAGGCGACUGCUUCCCAGCACCGUGUCGGCACAGCCGGGAGCCAGGGCUCUCCCAGCCGUGCCAUGGUGGUAGCAUCGCUCCUGCACCCUCCUCCGCACCCACCACCCAGCCUUGAUCCUUUACCCCACCAAGCACCCACCCCUGCCCCUCGCAUGCAGCACCCGGCGCUCCCCCCGCGCCUGGCUUCCAGGCUGGGAUGGGGGCAGCUGAGCUGGCCACCGAUUUGGGGUGCAAACCUCCAUCACCCACACGACUCCUUCCAGCGACGACGAGGAAUGCAAGCUUUAUAAAGUAACAAAACUCUGCAGAAUCUGAUCGUGCUUCGAAGAAAACAAACAAGCCUUUAGCUGUCUUCUACUUUGAGCGCAUGCCUUUUUAUAGGGAAAAGAAAACAACCUACCGUGUAUUUCGUAACUUGAUUUUGAGUAUUUGCUGAAAUGGAUCUUUAUGUAAUAACUAGAAACAUUCAACUGUUUAGGGCGGGGAGGGUGGGGGGAUUUUCGGGGGUUGCUGUUUUUCGUUGCGUUUACAUUUGGAGAAGGGUUGUGCUGCCACGACGCUCCUACCAGGGGUCCCGUGGCUGCCAAGCCCCCACCUCACGCCGCGGCAGCUUGUCCCAUCCCAUCCCGCAGCACCGGGUGGGCAAAGGCACCCACCUCCAGGGGCACCCCCCCUCCCCGGGACACCUUCCCGCACCCUGCAGGCUCUUGGGGAGCCACCAGGAUGUGGCUUUCAGGACAGAAGACAUGGCCGGAAAAGGGAAUUUUGGUCUCACCUCUUUGCCGUCAGGUGGAGGUCUGAGGGUGGGUAUUUUUCCGGCAAUUCUUCCCUUUCUUGUUCGCUUUUUUCUGACUGGAACCUCUUUGCUCGUUGAUGUGAAACUCCUGCAGCGCUGCUGCCCCGGGGGACUUUCUAGCUGCACUCUCUUCCUCUGCAUGGCGUUUAACUUUCUAGACGGUGCGUGUGUUGAAAAACAAAGAAAUGAACAAAAACCCGCUUGUUUUGGACAUAAAAAAAAAGAAAAAAAAAAGAAAAAAAAAGGAAAUGUUUUCUCCAUGUAAAUUCUGAGCGUGUAUUUUGCCUUUUCUGUGGUUUUGAAUGCUUUGCUCUCUGUUGAGGCAGGGAUGGCUGCUGCCCGAAACACAGCCACAUCCUUGCAGACUGCAAAAAUAUUUUCCCACUGGAUGGAGGGGCAGAAACCCAAACUGUUGGGGCAUGAACAGGCCCUGAGAGAUGUUUCGGUGUGUCCCGCUGUGCCACCGGUGCAAUAGUUGCUUGCUGGCAAUGUGUGUAGGAGAUGCCUUUUCGGGGGACAAAUCACAUAGGUUCUCCACGGGUGCAAACGCGCAUCCCCAUUCCCUUGGUGGACCUGUGCUGUUCAACCGUGGAGCCACCUUGGCUUGCAAGAGAUGGCCCCAAAGCAGGGAAAUCCAUGCAGGGAGAGGACUAGCUUUUAAAGUAGAGUUUGGGUGUUUUUACAGAUCUGUUUUUCUUCCUGUAGUCACGUAGUGCUGAAGUUUUUUUUCAUUUUUAAAGGAAGGACUCAGCUCUUUCACAGUUCUCUCUCUCCUUCUCUAGUGCUGGCUCUGAAGCCAGCCAUAGUGAGUGUCUCAUCCACCUCCUGAUGCCCAGGAGGGUGUCAGGAGUAUUUCUGGGGAUUGGUAUGAGAUGGAUGAGGAAGGAGGAGGUCGCGGCAGGGCUCUGCAUGGAGGCUGUAGUGCAGAUGUGAUUUCAGCCAGGUUUUGGAGCUGGUGAUAGCUGUGGACCUUGGGUGGGCUGUGAGGGUGAAGCUGCUCCAGCAGCAGCUGCUGGAGAAAGGUCUGGGACAGGGGGUGCGGUGGGUUUUGCCGGGGAUGAUGGAUGAGGUGCUGGGGUAGAUACAAUCUCUUUUCACCUGGAAUCCACUUUGGGCAGUCGCUGCUAGGGAGGAACAUCUUGGUUUCCAGGGAGGCUUUGAGCUGUUUUCUUGGAGGUGUUUUCUCCUCUUUGAGGCUUACCUACUGUCAUGUCUCCAGGGACAGGUUCCUCUGGAGGCAGCUGGAUGUCCUUGCAACACCUAAAAUGCUCCUGAUCCUUUCCAAGGGAAGCAGAGUCUGGGGUUUCAACUCCUUUCUAGUCUUCCAGUCAAGCUGAAGCCUGACCAAGGAAGACCCAACUUCCCAACCUGCCCACGUUGGCAGCAUUAAGCACCUGCACUUUAGGGGUCUGUUCUGCCUGGCUUCUCUUCCCCACCUUGCCCUGCUUCUCCAAAGCAGGUUCCUGUAUCCCCAGAGCAUCUCUGAGCAAGCACUGAUAAACCACCACUCUUUCUUUUAGUAGCCAUGGUGAACAGCUUCUGUCUCUGUCUUCCUUCACAUUUCCUGAUUUCUCCUAAACUUGCAGGAAAAUUUAAAAAAAAAAAAAAUAAAAA